GUUGAUCACUUUGAUGAUGAAUUUUUUGUAUGGGAUGGGAUGAUGGAUCCAGCAUGAUUAAACGUUGUUUUAAGGCAGUACUACGUGACAACAUCGGCAAAGUCUUUCUUAUGCUACCGGAUUUUCGACAGUUGGUAGACGCUGCUAGAAUCGAUUGGCCCACCAAUGGUGGAUUUGGUAAUAGUUUCAAGUACUUGUAUGAACAAUACGAAGACAACGUUCGAACAAACUUGAAAACGCAUUGCGAAUCCCGUUUAAGAAAAUUUUUCAAGCUAAAGACAUUCCAGCUCAAUGACAAUGCAAUUCGUUAUAACUACUUUAACAACUUGUACGGCUCGCCCAAUGAAUUGCCAUAUUACGAUGAAACUGACAUCAAAAAUGCCGUUAACUACGCAUAUCAUCGGAAAGACAACAUGAAUGACGAUGUUGAGCGACAGCUUCGAUUGGGCGAGUUGUUGGAUGAGCUACGUUGGUUAGGUGCACCAGAAGAUUGCAACAUUAAAGCAUAUGUCAGCGAAAAUUGGUUCCAUUCGAUUCGUAUGUGGAUACAUAUUCAACGUGAAAUCCAAUGGUAUCACAAUGAGUACAAAUGUCGUCGUGAUGCACCACAAAUUAAAAAUUUUGUCGUUGUACCAAUGUGCAGUUUCCAACGUCGUCACAUUCGCAUCGAUACCGACGCAUUGUACACCAUCCUAGCCAGUGUAAAAUUGGUGCCAUUGAAGUGCGGUUUGAAAAAACGCAAAGAUAAAACGACCAAUUCGAUCAACAUAACGAGCAACGAAUUCCGCAGAAAUAAAAUUUUAAGUUGGAAUCUGUUUUUCAAUGUGGAAAAAAUUCAACAACUGGUACAUUUCAAAAAGUAUUUCGAUUUCCAAAUUUGUUCGGACGGUGUGUCUGUUUCGGUGAUGUACAAAAAGCCAAAAUUACCACCACUCGAAAUAAGUGAUGCUGAAAUCAUGAAAAUGUACAAAGGGAACAAAUUGAAGUAUGCUAUUGGCUGUGACCCGGGCAUGAAAACCUGGAACGCUUCAGUGCGUCGUGAUUUGGAUACCAAAGAAGAGGUGAAUUUGCGCAUAUCCAGCAAACGGUAUCACUGGGAUGCGAAACAAGGCCGACGUGAUGCAAAAGCCGAACGAAUCACCCGAUUAUUUAAGCAAUAUGCACGCUUGGGAUUGGACAAGCAUAUCGACUCGGUUCGUGCGAUCGACAAAACGGCUUGCAAACUGACACGCAAUCAACCAUCAAUUUUCUACAUGGGAGCCAGUGGAUCCACACCAGCCAACUCACCGAUCAAAAUCAAAAAACACGUGCGAUGCCCAGGCACUCGCAAACUGAUUGCAGCCAUCAUGAAACGUGGAAAUUGCAUCAUUCGAAUGGUCGAUGAAUACAUGACAUCACAGCAUUGCCCAUUGUGUUUCAAGCGAUUUCCACAAGAAACUCGACGUGAUCGAUACAAGAAAUGUGUGGGUUGUGUACCAAAUCCAAUUGUUGGACUACCACGAACCAUCGUAACCAAUGUGAGCAAACGAUUACUACAAAUGCGACGAACAAUUGAACGAAUGUGGCGCGAGAUGCGUGAUAUAGGCGAUGUCAUUGCUGCAACUCUUCGAGAUGGACCGAAUGCAGGUCGUUUGGUGUCAAAGAAGCAACGCUUCUUCAAAACAUGGCUACCAAAUGUUGCAAACGUUGAAAUCGAGGGAGCUGCCGGAGCACAACCAACGCUCACAACUGUAUGGCACCGUGAUAUCGCAGCAGCGAAGCUGAUCCUCUACAAAGGUGAAUGCGUGGUGUUCAAGCGGACAAUUCAUCCAAAUGUACGGAGACCACGCCGUGUUGACAACAAUCAGCCAUUGCCGUUGUAUCGAGGUCAGAAUCAGAAUGUCAACAGUGUACAUCUGCAGCCGCUGUAGUAGCAGCCCUCAUUCAACAACAUUCAAACAAUAC